AUGAUGCGUCUUUGGGUUACUCUUGCGUGCGCGCAGCUUGCUGCUGCUUCUGCUUCUCGCUGGAAAUCACAGCAGUUUAAAAGCAUUGUAACAUUUGGUGAUAGCUACACAGACGAAAGUCGCCUGAACUAUUUCUCCGAGCACAACGGCACGGCGCCGCCCCCUGGAUGGGUAGACCCUGUGAACAAUGAUACUGCCUCCGGUGGCUACAUCUGGGCUCGCUACGUUGCCGACUAUGCCAACGUCAAACUAUACAACUACGCCGUGUCUGGCGCAGUGUGCUCGAACAAGGUAGCGCCGCACUGGUUUAGUACCAUCAACAAUAAUUUCCCAUCUGUGCUUGAAUAUGAAGUCCCCGCGUACUUGGCCGAUAGCAAGGUGAUCAACGCCAACGACAGUCGUCCGUUCCUGGACAUCCCACCGGCGGAGACGGUGUAUUCGAUAUGGAUCGGCACCAACGACUUGGGUUCUGACGGCUUUCUGAGGGACUCGCAGAUAGCAGGCAAGACAAUCCCGGACUACACCGAUUGUGUCUUUUCGGCUCUGGAUCAGAUUUACGAAAACGGAGCACGGUACUUUAUUCUCCAGAACCUGGCGCCUUUGCAGCUCGCUCCGCUGUAUGCGACGCCGGAGAGGCACGGUGUUUUUAACCUUAAAAACGGCAAUUCCAGUACCAAUGUCACCGAGAUCUCGUAUAGAAUGUGGCAGAUUGUGACUACCGCCAACGCUAUCUACGACUACCAAACUCCUUUUGAGCUUUUGGUUCAGAAACGCUACCCUGGCGCCCAUUUUGCCGUGAUGGAUAUGUACAAUAUUCUCCAGGAUAUGUACUUUAACCCCGAGGAGUACUUUGAGCAUCCACCGAAUGUCACUGGCUUCAACAACUACUGUGAUGAUCCGAAUAGCCCAAGCUGCCCGCGGCCUUCAAAUCCGGACUCCUACAUGUGGUUCAAUCCGUUGCAUCCGUCGGAGAAGACCGACACGCAUAUUGCGCAAAGGUAUAUUGAGGUUUUCAAGGGAGAGAGCAAAUAUGCGACCUACUGGAGUUGA